AUGCGACAUAUUCGUAUUGCAACAGUAGAAGAUAGAAUGAUAGAUUCAUCUGUUUCAAAUCCGACCUUUAAUAGCGUACCGAUUCAUCAAAAUUUUGAUUUAAGCCUUGUUAAAACAAUGGGUUCACAACAUUUGGUAGAAACUUAUCAUCUUCAGCAGUGUACGACAUUAGAACCCCGUCAGGUCUUGUCGACUAAAAGCAAUCGGAUCAACACUGUCAAGCCAUUGUUCAACCAAGGGCCAGUAUCAGGCAAAAGUCAACAGAUGAAUAUAAAUCUCUAUGAUACUAAGAAAAGGCGUCAUAAAAAUUUUGAAACGAAUUCAUUCGUAGAUCAGCCGUGGGAAGUACCGAAAAGUAACAACGUCAACGUUGUUAAGUUGAAAAGACUGGCUUCUAAUCCGAAAUCAAUAACAGUCCGCCAACAAUAUAACUUGUUUUCAAUAGUCAAUGAAUCUGAUACGCCGAGUCAAGAGACUGGAUAA